AGUUGACCAUGUUAUCAUCAUUAUCAGAACUACCAAUUUGUAACUGCGCGACGACAUAAAGACUUGAGUGUCGGAGAGACGACGAACGAAAAGCUAGGACGGAAAAAAAGUAGUAUAAAAUUAAUGAUCGAAACAACAAAUAAGUAAUUAACCGAUAUUAUUGUAGUUAUUACUUUGAAACAAUCUUCGUCGUAUUUUUCGUGAUAUCGUUAUUAUUAUUUGUUAUUAUCAUAUCGUCAUUAUUAUUAAUUUUCUUUGUUUUCGUUCUCAUACCGUCGUCGGAAAGUCGGAACUGAAACGCGUUUUGUUUCUGUGCGCAAUUCCAAGUGAAUUUCAUUGUGAUUUGAAGUGCGCCAUUAGUAGUACACGUUGGCAGUUGAUUUUUGGUGCGGCGAUCGAUGUCGAAUGUUCCGGACGUCGUCGUCCGCUUGACGGAACGUCGUCUUUCGGUGGUCGUUUGCUUAUAGUACGACGCUCGCGACAGAGACUAAAAACUCAAAGCUCCACCGUCCGUGUUCGUCCGCGUCGUCGUGCAGCGGUGUUCGCGUGAACGUUCGUUGCAUGCAAGAUGGGAGCGAAGGCCAGCACGGCCAACGGCGAUGACGGCGGCGCCGGCCACGGAGACCACCAGUCGUUUUCUUCCGGCAACGGGUCGGAUUCUGUACAGACGGCCGGCAACCCUGGGUUCAGCAUUCUGCGUUCCCUACCCAGUGCUGUAGCUAACGACAGACAGCGCGCCAGGUCUCUGUCUGGAGUGCCCAAUUGCCAUGACAACAACAGCAACUCAACGAGUCCACGGUUUGAUAUCACAGAUGUCUUGGAAGCUGACAGCAGCUCAAAUGACGAUCAGAACUUGGACAGUCCUACAGUCACUGCUAACAUCAGUCUUGGACGUGUUUAUUCGGCUCAUUCGUUACCUGCACAUAUUUGGCCAUUUAAUGGAAUUAAGUGUCCAGUAUGUUCAAAGUUUGUCUUACCAGACGAGAUAGAAGUACAUCUAGUUAUGUGCUUGACCAAACCUAGACUGAUUUACAAUGAAGAUGUUUUAAAAGACGAUAAAGGUGAAUGUGUCAUUUGUUUGGAAGAACUGAUACAAGGUGAUACCAUAGCUAGACUUCCUUGUCUUUGCAUAUACCAUAAAACAUGUAUAGACCGGUGGUUUGAAGUGAACAGAUCGUGCCCUGAGCAUCCCGGAGAUUAAACCGUUUAUACAGACUUCGAACAAAAACUGAAAAGGGGAAUAUAAGAUAAUGUAACAAAUAAUUGUUGCGCAGCUAUAUAUAUUAUGAAUAGUAAUUAUUAUAUUAUGAUUAAUAAUUAUUUAAAUUUUUUAACGACUACGAGAUGUCGAAACGUCAAUCCCGAACUAUAUAUACUAUAUUACCAUUUACCAUACCAAUAUUAAAAUAUAUACCUGUAAAUUAACUUAAAAUAAUGUGCAUGAAAACAAAUAAAUAACGUCAUAAUUAUAUCAUCCAUAAUAUGCUUUCAAUAUUUUGCAAUUAGGUUGUGUACAAAGGCUGAUACAACUGUUGAUUGUCAGUUUUCGAACGAUUUUAUUUUUAUUUAUUGAUUAUGAAAAUGAUACUUGAACUAACAAAAAUCACUUAAAAUGUUAUUCUUGACUGUAAGAUGUUUUCACACAAAUUGUUUAAUUUCUUCUUUACUGCUUUAUAAAAUGUAUAAAGUCAAGCAAUGUUCAGUUGAGAUAAAAUUAAAAAUUAAAUUAAAACCAUUUUUUUUUUUAUAACUUUAUUUAUACUACAUAAUUAUAUAGUUGACGUAUUACAUAAUACAAAAAACUGUACAUAUCAUUUUGUGUUUUUUUGUUUUUUUUUAGAUUUAUUCUCCCACUUUUUUAUUGAUACAUUUACAUGUCUUGAAGUAAAAACUACUACUAAAUCAUAACAUAAAUGUUUUGAAUUCUACCUUAACUUUUCUAUAUAGAAUGAGUUAAAUUAAUGUUUGUAUAAUAUGUAAACUGAUCAUAAAUAAAACUGUUAUUGUAUAUUUUAUAAACGUUCCGAAUGAAUCAGCUAAUAUUUAUAUAUAUAAUAUAUAUAGCUAUUCCAGAGUUUAAAUAUUAUGUUUUACAUUAUUUUUUCUGAUUCCAUAUUGUUGAUGGUCAGAAAUAUAUAUCAUUUAUUUUAAUUUUACUCAAUUGUAAGAAAAUUUAAAUAGACUUAAGCGUUUUGUCGUUAUUUUUAAUUUACAUACGGUGCAUUGUAACUUUGUUUUGUUUUGUUUUAUUAUUUUUUUUUUCAAAUUUUAUAACUGAUCAAGGAUAGUUUUUGUAACUUAGUCGGGGCUGCUCUUUUUACAAUAUAAAUGUAAUUAAGAUUCUCGUUUUAUUUAUGUAAAAUUGUUUUUAAAAUUGAAGUAUGAUGUUUUAUGAGAUAAUAUGAUAUAGCCAAUAAUAUGAAUAUAAUUAUUUAAGUGUUUAAAAAAACCCUCGAAUAUACAACAAUGAAAAUAUUUUGAUUGAUAUUAUCGAGUUGCAUUUACCCCAAGUCCUUUAUGCCCAAUUGCCAUUUCAACUAUAUUAUUAUAGGUUGCACACACUUAGCUACAAUGGCUGGUAACUGUGAAAUGCUCUGUAAACCGCUAUUGUGCUACAAACAUUAAACUAUUAUCCUGCUUUGACUCCGCGUGCUCCAAGUCCAUCAUAUUUUGAUAUAAUAUAACCUAUAUAUUUAUAAAUAAUAAAAACCAUAAAACAGAAAAAUAAUAAUAAUAAAAUAGUGAUUGAUAGUAUUAUGUCGAACAAAGAUUUUAAAGAAUAUAAUUUUUUUUCUCAUUAAGAACAAUGUUUAAUGUGUACAUGAGUGGGUGAGUGUGUGUCUUGUAAUUAUUUAUGUGUGUAUAUUCUUGAACGCAAAGGGUAGUAACAAUAAUGCAAAAGUUCUAACCAACACUGUUUUAGUUCAGUUAAGUUAUAUUGUUUCUUAAUUUGUUCGUAUAUAAAAUGUAAUACCUAUGUAAUUGUAUGAAUACCCAAAAUGAAAAGAAUGUUUCUGGUUUCUGUUGACAUUAACAUAAUUAUUAUUUUUACAACUACAUUUAUAAGACCCAAUCUAAUCUAUUUUAUUGUGAUAUAUCUUAAACAUGAAUGUAUAAUGUAUGAUUAAAAAGACCAUAUUAUUAUAAAAUACAGUGUUUAGACUCAUUCGAUACCUA